AUGGUGAUGGCGGUGGCGGGAUCUUCUCAGAUCUGCCGUGGCAGAGAGAGGAGGAGGCGAAAGGCGACGGUAUAUGAAGAACCCCGACUCCGGCGUCCUCGAGGUAUCCUAGAUGAUUCUGGCUCGUCUCCGACCCGCCGCGGCCAUAUAAGACAAUGUCCUGUUCAAGUUUUCAGCCUUAACGGUGUUUGUUGCAGUGGCAUUCCUGGCGGCGGCCACCAAAGGACGCAGGCGCAGUCAUCGACGCCGUCGUGCGGGGCGCAGCUGGCGUCAUGUGCGACCGUCCUAAACUCAACAAAUCCACCAUCAUCGUGCUGUGUUCCACUGAAAGAAGCAUUGACAAACCAGACCGCGUGCCUCUGCAAUCUCUACAACACCCCUGGAUUAUUGGCAUCGUUGGGCAUCAACGUCACUCAGGCCCUUCUCCUUCCCCAACACUGCAAUAUCUCCGGCCCUGCCCUCACCGCUUGCUCCAAAAAUCCAGCUUCCCCUUCAUCAUCCGAGCCAUCUCCAGCAACACCUGGAAAACAUAGCAAUGGAGUGGGAAGGAUUGCAUUGAGUGGGAUGUCAAUCAUACUCUUGUUUGGGACUUCUAUGAUGCUCUUCUAGAUCUUUGCUAAACACUCAUUAAUUUCAGAAUUAUGAUGCGGUAUUUGCACACCUCGGAGGCUCUCUUAUUCGUUUUUAAUUGUUUCUCCAGUACUAAAAUUGAUUUGGGUAGUGUUGAUUCAAUCUGUUACUUGGUUGACUGUUUGCCAAACUUUGUUAUUCAACCUAUACUAUAUGGUUCUGUGUGUAUAAAACUUUGAUUUUUUGUGCUCUCAGAUGGUACAUUGCAAUGAAUUUUCACUUUGAGGAAA